UCGUCAAUCCAGUUUUAUCUGUUUAGUAUUUAGUUGGAAACGACUUGGAAACGAACAGUCGCAAUCCGAUCAUGUCUUCCAACGCCGAACUCAGCAUCCACGACAGGGCGAUUCUCAAUUGCGUCUUCAAUCCGAGUCUUCCCUUGGACGAGGCCUACAACCAAGAGGAACUCAACAAUGUCCUGAAAGACGACGCCGAGGAUUUCGGCCCUCAGACCGAGCGAAUCAAAGCCAACGAAUUGGAGGCAAUCCGAAGGGCAGAAAACAAAGAAUUCUCCGGUGCAUUGGAUCUGCUCAACGAAUCCAUUCAAACCAUUCCGAAGAAAGCGUCUCUCUACAACAACAGAGCCCAAGUAUAUCAAUUCCAAGGCAAAUUCGAUGACGCUUUAAACGAUCUAAGUAAAGCCAUCGAACUGGCCGGAGACGAUCAGAAGAAAACCCUUUGUCAAGCGUUGAGUCAGAGAGGUUUGCUUCAUCGUAAAAAUGACAAUUUGGACGAAGCCCGAGAGGAUUUCGAGAGGGCUGCUCAAUUGGGCAGCAAAUUCGCUAGAUCUCAAUUGGUCGAGAUAAAUCCGUACGCAGCCUUGUGCAAUCAAAUGUUGCGAAAAGUUAUGGACGAAUUCAAAUAAUCGAAUUAAUACUGGUUUAGGGAUUUAGAAUUGUUAAUUAAUAAAUAUUGUUUAUUGAA